UGUAGUGGCAACGUCCAGGUUCAAUAGUUGUUGCGAUGGUUUGUUCAGAAUGGUGGCUAGUGCUAGUGUUGACCAUUGCAGCUGCCCUGUAUGUCCAUCGGACUUUUGGAGAGAUGCUCCGCUACUCGGGAAAACUGAAGGGUCCGAAAGCGUAUCCGAUUAUAGGCAAUGGGCUGCUGUUUUUAAACAAAUCUCCAGCCGAGUUUCUCCAAAUCGUUGGCACACUCUUCGAGCAGUAUGGCAAGUGCUACCGUGUCUGGCUUGGCACGACCCUUGGAGUUAUGAUGUUCGAUCCUAAGGAUAUUGAGGUGGUGUUAAGUAAUCCCAAACAGAUCACCAAAUCAACUGAGUACGACUUCAUGCGCCCUUGGUUGGGUGAGGGUUUGUUGACGAGCAGUGGGAGAAAAUGGCAUACCCACCGGAAGGUCAUCACUCCGACGUUCCACUUUAGCAUCUUGGAAGAGUUUUUGGAGAUUUUCGAUCGGCAAACCAGAACGUUUGUUGAGGUGCUGCGACCGUUUGCCAAGUCGGGCGAAUCGUUCGACGUUUUCUCACUGGUGGCCCUGUGCACUUUGGAUAUAAUUUGUGAGUCUGCCAUGGGAACCACAGUAAAUGCGCAGGUCCAAUACAACUCGUCCUACGUGUUGGCAGUUAAGGAGAUUACGAAUCUCAUUCAGCAGAGAUUUUAUGAUUUUCUCAUUCGCCACGAAUUCUUCUUCCGCCUGUCGUCGAACCGUCGUAAACAGGUGAAGGUGUUGAAAGUCUUGCAUGACUACACCGACAAAGUCAUCAGCGAACGAAGGCAGCAACUGGCAAACACGUCCCACGGAAAGAGUACAGAAGAGUUGGCUGAUCUGGGCAUCAAGAAGCGAAUGGCAUUCCUGGACAUGCUCCUGCAGUCAACGAUUGACGGGCAACCGCUGACUGAUCUGGAAAUUCGCGAAGAAGUGGACACGUUCAUGUUUGAAGGACAUGACACAACGACGUCCGCCAUUAGCUUUCUACUGAAAUGCUUGGCCAAGAAUCCUGAUGUCCAACAGAAAGUGUACGAUGAAAUCCUCGAUGUUUUUGGCACUGAUCGUUCGAAACCGAUUACGAUGGGAAUGCUACACAAAUUGAACUACCUUGACCUGGUGCUCAAAGAGACACUUCGGAUGUAUCCCACUGUGCCGAUGAUUGGUCGAAAGAUGUUGCAAACUACCGUUAUCAAUGGAAAAAUAAUACCCGCCGGCGCCAACGUAAUAAUAUUUCCCUUUUUUCUGGGCCGCAGUGCAGAAUACUAUCCCGCUCCGGAGAAGUUCGAUCCGGAGCGAUUCAACGUGGAAAAGUCGGCCGAGAAAGCAAACCCUUAUCAGUACAUCCCGUUCAGUGCGGGGCCACGGAACUGCAUUGGUCAGAAGUAUGCCAUAGUCGAGCUGAAAAGUAUUGCUAGCAAAAUUCUACAACAUUACGAGAUCCUGCCUACGAAAGAAGAGCGGGAUGAGACUUUCACGUCGGAGAUUGUACUGCGGCCAGAGCACGGAACGUAUAUUCGAUUGAAAGCGAGAUGGGUCCGUGGUUACAAAAUGGUUCUGGGUACAGCUACAUUGGUGUGCCUGGCUGUGGCGAUUGCGUUUUAUGUGUAUCGAAAAAAGUUUGCCGAAAUUCUGAAGCACAGUGGAAAGCUUGGUGGACCUGUCGCAUAUCCGCUGAUUGGAAAUGGGCUCCUUUUUGCUGGCAAAACUCCCGCUGAAUUUUUGCAGACAAUAGGUUAUCUUACUCGUCGCUAUGGAAAGUGCUUCCGGCUAUGGCUAGGGACGCAGUUGCUGAUCAUCAUGACGGACCCGAAAGACAUAGAGGUGCUGCUUAGUAGCAACAAGUUUAUCGACAAAUCCGACGAGUACAACUUCGUGAGACCCUGGCUUGGGGAAGGUCUGUUGACCAGCACCGGGCGAAAAUGGCACACACACCGAAAAGUGAUCACUCCGACGUUUCAUUUCAAGAUCCUAGAACAGUUUGUCGAGAUUUUCGAUCAGCAAAGUAACAUUUUCGUUGAGGUGCUGAAACCGUAUGCCGAAUCGGGCAAAUCGUUUGACAUGUUCCGGCCAGUAACGCUGUGCGCGCUGGAUGUUAUCUGUGAAACUGCCAUGGGUACGAAGGUCAACGCUCAGCUAAACGCUGAAUCGAAGUACGUUCAAGCCGUUAAAGAGAUCACGCUUCUCGUCCAAUGUCGACUUUUCAAUUUCCUCAUUCGAUAUGAUUUUUUUUAUCGAUUCUCAUCGAAUCGCCGCAAGCAGGAAGCGGCACUAAAAGUGCUGCACGGUUACACGAACAGUGUUAUUAAAGGCCGCCGUGAGGAACUUCAUCGGUCGAAUAACGAUACUGGGACUGCCGUUGACGCAAAUGAGAAUGAUCUUGGCAUCAAGAAGAAAAUGGCAUUCCUGGACAUGCUCCUGCAGUCGACGAUUGACGGGCAACCUCUGACUGAUUUGGAAAUCCGAGAAGAAGUGGACACGUUCAUGUUUGAGGGCCACGACACAACGACGUCCGCCAUUAGCUUUUUACUUCAGAGCCUGGCCAAUAAUCCCGACGUUCAACAGAAAACAUUUGAGGAGGUCCUCAGUAUUGUGGGUGGCGAUCGGACCACUCCCAUUACGAUGGCGAUGCUAAACGAUAUGCACUAUCUGGAUUUGGUAAUUAAGGAGACCCUUCGGUUGUAUCCCUCGGUGCCGAUGAUUGGACGAAAAAUUGUUCAAACAACCGAAAUCAACGGUAAGAUGUUUCCCGCUGGUGCUAACGCGAUCAUAAUGCCCUUCUUUAUGGGCCGCAAUCCCGAGUUCUAUCCCAACCCGGAGAAGUUUGAUCCAGAACGGUUCACCGUGGAAACGUCGGCCGAGAAGACGAAUCCCUACCAGUAUGUACCGUUUAGCGCGGGACCGCGGAACUGCAUUGGUCAGAAGUUUGCCAUUGCCGAGCUCAAAAGUAUCACGAGCAAAGUAUUGCGCCAUUACGAGAUCCUGCCGCCAGAGGAGCACCGGGACGAGUCGUUCAUCGCAGAAAUGAUCCUGCGACCAGAGCACGGAACGUACGUGCGAUUGAAACCGAGAGUGUAUUAA